AUGUCACCUAAGAAAGCCAAGAAGAGAGCAGAGGGAGCCAAUUCCAAUGUGUUCUCCAUGUUUGAACAGACCCAGAUCCAGGAAUUUAAGGAGGCCUUCACCAUCAUGGAUCAAAACAGGGAUGGUUUCAUCGACAAGAAUGACCUGAGGGACACCUUUGCUGCUCUUGGGCGUGUGAACGUGAAAAAUGAGGAAAUUGAUGAAAUGCUCAAGGAGGCUCCAGGUCCAAUUAACUUUACUGUGUUCCUACAGAUGUUUGGGGAGAAACUUAAGGGAGCAGACCCCGAGGAGACCAUUCUCAAUGCGUUCAAAGUAUUUGACCCUGAAGGCAAAGGAGUGCUCAAGGCUGAUUAUGUCAAGGAGAUGCUGACCACGCAGGCGGAGAGGUUUUCCAAAGAGGAGAUUGACCAGAUGUUUGCUGCCUUCCCCCCUGAUGUGACUGGCAACUUGGACUAUAAGAACCUGGUGCACAUCAUCACCCAUGGAGAAGAGAAGGACUAA